AUGUCAAUUCCUGCAAAAUUUGGUCCAUACAUGAAAACGCUAGCGCCGUUUAUAUUUUCUGCAGUUAGUGAGCGGGAAUUGAACGAGAUGGAAGAUGACCAGUCUGAUACCGAGGAACACGAUCCUAAGGAGGACGAAUUACGUGAAACCGCACUGGUAGCCCUCGAAACCCUUGUUAGCUAUUGCACCAAUGACAUGCAACCUUAUUUGAUGGAUUCAAUUGAUGCUGCUUUGCGAUGUCUCAAGUAUGACCCGAAUGUCGCGGAAUUCGAGGACGAGGAGAUGGGUGGGACGCAAGACGAAGGAAGCGACGAUGGUGCUACCGAAGAACCAGACGAAGAUAAUGAAGCAUACGAAGAUUUUGAGGAAGAAGAAGGCUACAGCGAUAUUGAUGAUCAAAGCUGGAAAGUCCGCCGCUGCUCCGCCAAGUUGCUACUCGCUAUCAUUUCGACCCAAGGUCGUAGUUCGACACGGCCAGUAGACGAGGACACCAUAUAUCAGAAAAUCGCGCCGGCCCUUCUUGCAAGGUUUACGAAAGAAAGGGAAGAAAGUGUUAAGCUAGAAGUCGUCUCUACGAUGACAGGCUUAGUCAAAAAAGCUACUGAAAUAUCUGCAAGUAUUGGUGGUGCGCCUUUGAUACCCGAAUCUCAUGGUCGGAAUUCUCGCAAAAGGAGGCGUCAGGAUAGUGACGUAGGUCUUCUCGGCUAUGAAUGUGAGGCUCAGGCCUUUGCAGCCCUGGACUCGCCUGCAAUCACUCCCCCGACUCCACAGACCGGACCCAUUGGCGAAAUCGUUAGGUUGACGCCGGGGAUUGUUCAAGGCCUGGUUAAACUAUGGAAACAUGCGUCGAUACCAUUGAAACAAGCCGCGAUCAACUUAAUGAGAUCCUUAGCGCUGGUGCGUUACGGCGGCCUUGUUGAUUUCCUUCAGCGCAUAGAGGACCCUGUCGCGGACGCUCUGAAAAGCUCAACUAUGUCUGGGGGUGUUUCUGUGUCCGCUGGCACAACGUCCGUUACUGCCGGGAAUCUGCAGAUUGAUACCCUUGGUCUGGUAGCGGCUAUUGCCCAGACACAUACUUCAAAUGCACUUUUACCGUUUUUGAUUGCGUUGAUCCCAGGAGUUUUGGCAGCGGUUCAGGAGCGAAACUACAAAGUCGCGAGCGAAGCUCUCGGUACCAUUGAAGAAAUCGUCAAAGCAAUGACCCCUCCUCGAGUUUCACCGGAGGGUCAGGAUUUCAAAUUGCAGCUGGGAAAAUUGUACGAUGUGGUAAUCGGUAAAAUAAUGGAUAAUAGUGCAGAUCUAGAAGUCCGCCAGCGAGCACUUCAUGUCCUUGGCGUCCUUCUAGCACGGACGUCCGGGCCGAAGGGGGCCAAAUUUGUUCCACCUGCUGAGAGAGCGAAAGGAAUGUCAACCCUUGUUGACCGUUUAAAGAACGAGACGACCAGGGUUGCGGCUGCUCGUGCUGUUCACGACGUUGCCGUGCUUGCAUGCAGUGAUUCGGACGUCACUCCAGCAUGGCUGGCCGAUGUCACAUUAGAACUCGCAGCACAAUUACGAAAGGCUGACCGUGCCUUGAGGGAUGCGUCUAUUGGAGCAUUGAAGGGGUUAGCUAUAAAUCGAUAUUGCCGACAACACUACGACCAAAACACGGUUCAAAUCCUAACCAGCAGUUUCCUUCCGCUUCUCACUGCUAGCGACCUCCACCUCCUAACUCCUGCUCUUGUCAUUCUUUCGCACAUCAUUCCUGGCCAUGGAGCUCAGCUGGUAGAUGCCAAUAUGAUCCAAGCACUGUGUUCUGUUAUCCAAGCGUCUCCGAGUGGCGUGGCACUGAAGGUGUAUCUUCACCUCAUUCGCGUCAUCGGAGAACAGGGCGCGGGAGCUCUGCUCAUGAAAGCUUUAUUACAAAACGUUGGCGUCAACGGCGACCCUUCAAUAGUUGGCCGGUCAAUCGGAACAUUGGUCGUAUAUGGAGGGCCGCAAAUAGGAGUCAAGACACAAGACUUUUUGAACGAGCUUCAGUCGCAAGAAGAUGCCCAGCGCAAAUGUCUUGCGCUUGCGGUCCUCGGCGAAAUUGGCCUUUGUCUAGGAUCGAAAUCGUCGCUGACGCCCGACCUUUUUAUGUCCCACUUUGACUGCAAAUCAGACAAAGUCCGAUUCUCGGCCGCUGUUGCACUUGGCAGUGUGGGUGCAAGCAAUAUCGAAGCAUAUUUACCCGUUAUCCUUGCGGAGCUAGAGAAAGAUCAUUCGUCAAAGUACUUAUUACUGCAUUCGCUGAGAGAAAUACUCCAGCAUCCAGAGAACGUUCGUACGGACGUUGCACCUUUUGCUACGAGGCUAUGGGAAAUUCUCCUCAAUGCCUCUGAUGACGAAGAUAAUCGCGUCGUGGGCGCGGAAUGUAUCGGACGACUUGCUUUGAUUGAACCCAGCUCUUAUAUACCACUUCUUCAGGAAUAUCUCGACCGCGAUACCGCUGCCACAAGGGGAACCAUCAUCUCGGCAUUCCGCUACACGCUUGCCGACUCUGGCAGCGUCUACAAUGACGUUCUGCGCCCUCUUAUCAUCCCAAUUCUAGCCAAGAUGCUUAGUGACACCGAUCUGGGUAACCACAGGCUUGCAUUGACUACUGUCAAUUCGGCAAUCCAUAAUAAACCAGACCUCGUUCUCCCGCACUUGAACCAACUGCUUCCAGUGGUUAUGAAAGACACUUAUAUCAAACCAGAGUUGGUACGAGAAGUGCAGAUGGGGCCAUUUAAACACAAGGUGGAUGACGGGUUGGAGCUCCGAAAGAGCGCAUACGAAACGCUGUAUACUUGCGUUGAUAUGGCGUGCUCCAUUCUUGAUAUUGCGGAGAUAUAUGACCGAAUCUUGGCCGGGAUUAGGGAUGAACAGGACAUUCGCACGCUGUGCAAUUUGAUGAUCUCCAAGUUGAUCACACUUGCGCCAAAGCAAACGGAAAGCCGACUCGAUUCGCUCGUGGAUCCAUUCCGGGCCAUUUUAUCGACGAAGCUCAAGGAGUCGGCUGUAAAGCAAGAACUGGAAAAGGCGCAAGAAGCGUCAUUGGGGGUGCUGAGAAUCAGUCGCGAGCUUCAAAAGGCAUUCCCCGCAGCAGAGACGUCGAGUGAGCAUCAUGCGUGGAAGCAAUAUCUGGAUUGGAUGAGCAGGGAAUAUACCCAGCUUCUGCGGAUUUUGGGCAAUAACUCAUAG